CGUAGGAAAUGUGUCUGCUGAUAGAGAAUCCCUCGCUAUGCCGGCCAAUAAGUGGAGCUCUAUGAUGGAACAGGUUGUGCAAUCUCCAAAGCUGUUGUCCAAGUUUUGUACAUGUGCCCGCAUUCUGACGUAGCGCAAUGUGUAUGCACUGCGAACGCAUGCAAUGAGUACGCGCAGUGCAGUAUUGAGGGGUGAUGCCAUAGGACGACCUCAUUGCCCCGCUGUGAAACGUGAGGGUGUUCGUGCUCCAUAUGUUGGCAUAUAAGAGAGUGCUGCCACAGAGGGACAUUCGAUUUCCAGAUCACCUCGAAAGCAAUCAACUCAACUCAACGAACAACUUCAAAUCACAUCAAUCGCCAAAAUGUCCGACAGCUUGCGCCAGUCCAACACCGACAAGGCAGCUUCUGCCUUGAAGCCAGACAGCCAGAAGUCCACCACCGAGCAGCUUGGUGACAAGGCCAAGGGCGCUGGAGAUUCUGUCGCAGGCAAGGCUCAGCCAGAGGAGGAGAAGUCCGCCACGCAGAAGGCGACUGACAGUGUCUCGUCCGCCGGCGAGAGCGUCAAGGACACUCUUGGACUGGGAGACAAGAAGCAGUAGAGCAAGAGCUCUGAUCAUGUCUCCUCUCUUCCAUGCAGAUGAAGAAGACUUAUUUGGACCCACAGCACCUUGUAUCUGAGAUACCAUUGAUCAAGUCAUGAUUUAUGCCGUAGCAUAGUGCCGCAAUGAAAGUGUAGCCGCUACAAUGCUCUUGCCGAUUUCAUCCGCAUCUCUUCCCUUGGCUUCUCUUGCUUGAGCGUGUACGUGGCAGCAUGCUGUCACACAUGUCUGAUGGUAGGACUGUAAUCGACGAGGUGUUGUUGCGACGGCGUCUGGCUUGUCGUGGGUCGAUAGACAUGUGUUCCUGGUUAGGACCUUAGUCCUGUUCAGGAUCUGGGAAGGAGAAUUUGUGCCUCAGGCUUUUCAUCCGA